AUGCGAAGUGAUUCGAGUAAGGAUGCAUACCAUCUUGUAACUGGCUCUCGAACAACUGCUCCUCCAUUACCGGUGGUAGCUGUCACGUGGACUCCUCCAAGCCCGGGGUUUAUCAAGCUUAAUGUGGAUGUUAGUUGGGAAGCGUUAUUUGGCUCGAGUUUUGUUGGGGUGGUUGCACGAAACAAUGCUGGGGGUUUUUUGGGUGCAGGUAGAUAUAGUGUGAAGGCUCAGAGUGUGGCUAUGGCAGAGGCGUUGGCUGUUAAGAUUGGAUGUGAGCUUGGUCAUCAGUUGGGUUGGCAUUUUGUGGUUCUUGAAUUUGACUCCUCUUAA